AUGUCCAUCCUGUCUCUGAUCGGCUGGUACACUCUUCCUGGUUAUGCAACCAACGCAGUCCUAUAUGUCUACUAUGGCAUCACUAUUCGUGCUGGCGAUCCAAAACCACAGCCGGGUUCGCCACGCUAUGCACGCGAUCGCCGUCGCGCCUUUGUCGCCGUCGUAACCAUCUACCUUCUCUACAACCUCUUCGAAGUAUACCAGCAGAUCCGGACAGAAGGCAGUUUCUACGACGUCCUAGAUGUAUCGCCGCUGUCAGACGAGAGAACCAUUAAAGCACGAUUCCGCCGUCUAGCUGCGCAGCAUCACCCGGAUAAGUUGGGGGUUGGCAGUUCAAGCGAUUUCUUUGUUUACUUAAAGCAGGCGCAGGAUACACUCACGAAUCCGGUCAAGCGGUAUGCGUAUGAUAUGUGGGGACCUAAGAUCCUGCAAUGGGGGAACAUUGACACGGUGCAUGGAUAUUUCCUGUCUGGACUGAUGAAGACGGUGCCGACCUAUCUGAUGUCAUUCCUGGGGCUCCUGCUUUUGAACUAUACUUGGUGGUCUGAUUGGGGUCGCUAUUGGCGCUUUUUUGCAUUUGCUGCGUUGUUUACGUUGAAUCUGGCUCUGAUAAGCCACCAGGGUCCGGUGCCCAUCACCUCCAGUCUCGCUCUCCUUCCGUGGCAGAUUAUGAAGAUGGCCGAGACCAUCUCCCUCAGCCUACAUAUUUUCAUAUCACAAAUCGCACCUCCCGGGGCGAAAGACGCCGGAUCCCCCGGUCUUCUUCGUCAACAGACCCUUCAGCGUCUGGCACAGCUUCUGCACCUCAGUCGAGCGACAGAUACCGAAGCGACACGGCUGCUUCAACUGGGAUUUGCGCCCUUUAAAGGGGACAAAGAAAGCGUUGCUACGUUGCGGAAAGCUAUGAAGGAGGGGUUAGUACUGAGCAGUGUACGGAAUAGUCCCGGGGUACAGCAAGCCGUGAAGGAAGUGGCCGAUCGCAAGGAGCAGGAAAAGAAGGCCAGCUAGGAUGAUGAGUUUGUUGUCCAUAGAGCAUCGUUGCAAAUUAUUUGUUCUUGCUCA